GUACACGAUUCACAAGUCGCAUGCUUCCACAGUAGAGCAUAACAGUUCGUAUUUGAGCCUCGAUAGCGCCACAUCGAUCGACACACAGCAAAAUGAAAGGAAUAACAGUGGCCGUUGCACUGCUGAUGUUCGGUUGUCUGGUUGCGAGCCAGAGUCACAACUACUUCUGGGGUGUCCGUGAUCCACGCGAUGUCCUGCUUAACCGUACCAUUGCCGUUCGGUCCGGUACGAUCCUGCAGGUUAAGUCCAUCGAUCUCGUGUACCCGCUGAAGGGUCAGCAAGAGCGCAACAUCUCCGCCAUUACCGUGCUCGAUCAGUACAUCAACGGUAAUGGAGGCUAUGCAAGCCUUUAUGCCGGUGGCGUUGGUUACAACUACACGACGGUACACCUGAAAUCGCAGCGCGGUCAUGGAUACAACUUUAUCGUAGAAAUUUACGGGCGAUGAGCUGAUUGACGAUGGAAACGUACGACUAAAUUCUUGGCUAUCGUACUGAUACGCAACAGCAGCUCAGGGGUUAUUGUGUAACGAGAUAGAUAGAAAGACGGUCGAUAAGUGCAAUGAGUGUCUCUUGAAAGUGUGCACCUUGUAUGUCACGGUUCUUUCUAGUUUCUUAUCAUUCCCCGUAAGAGCGAUAUCAAAGUGUCUUCCCCUAUCGAAUAAUCGUGGCGCCAACGUCGGCUAAAUAAAAAAAAGAAAUUUAACAAA